AUGAGUUUAUCGACUAAUUCAAUUCGACAAUCAAAUCUUUUUCAAAAUUAUGUACGGAUUUUACAAGAAAAAAAAGAUUAUGCGAAAGUUUUACUUCCAACACAACCAUCUUCAAAUAUUAGUAUUGAUAUUCCUCAAGCUGAUAUUCAAUUGCGAGUGUCUAUACCUUUAACAAUCAAUGAAACUGUAACAACGAAUGAUUUUGAUAAUAUUGUUAUUUUUCGUUAUGUUCAAGAUUUUUAUGAAGUUAAUAAAUUAGGAAAAGGUGCUUUUGAUUCAGUAUUUCGUGCGAGAAAUCAUUUAGAUAAUCGUAUGUAUGCAAUAAAAAAAAUUGUUUUUAAUGAUAAUACCGCUCGAAUUCGACGGCAAGCAAAACCUGCUUUACGUAAAGUAAGAGUUCUUGCAUCAUUAAGUCAUCCAAAUAUUGUCCAAUAUCAUUGUGCUUGGCUCGAAUUCGUACCUAUACCCGUUCAAACACGUACACUUAAACAAUUUGAUUCUCUUGAUGAAUUGAUUCAAUUUGAAGGACAAUCUUCAUUAUCACCAGAAAAUAAAAAGGAAAAUGAGGAAGGAAAAUCACCACAGAAAAGUUCAACAAUAUCAACAUCACAAGAAGAUGAUGAAGAUGGAAGUGAGAUGUCAGUAGAUGGAAUAAAUAAUAAACAUUCUGAUCUACAAAUUCAUCAUGAAUAUCAUUCUAAUGGUGGUAAUCGUUCAUUAUCUUCAUCAAAAAUGUCUCUUCAACAUUCAGCAUCUUAUUGUAAAAGAGAAUCAAAUAAAGAAUUAAUUCCACUUCAUAGUCGAAAUGAACUAGUACAUUCAAUUGUUCAAUCAAAUAAUGUUAGUUCUAAAAUAGUACCUAUUAUUCAAAUGCAAUUAUGUGAUACAACAUUACAUGAUUGGGUACAUUAUCGUGAUCAAGCAAUUAUUAAUGAAAUAUCUGAAGAAAAGAAAAAUGUAUUCUAUUCAUUAAAUGAUUUAGGUCAACGUCAAUGUUGGCAUAUUUUUAAACAACUUUUAACUGCUGUUGAAUAUCUUCAUUCUCAACCAUUUGUUCAUCGUGAUAUAAAACCGCGAAAUAUAUUUCUUGUAUAUGAUCCAAAAGAUAGUUCAUCUGUUCAUGUUAAAUUAGGUGAUUUUGGUUUAGCUACUUUUCUUGAUACAGAAUUAAUUUCUGACUGUUCUGAACCAUUUCCAAAUGAUGAAUCAACAUGUGUUGGGACAGCUUUAUAUGCACCACCGGAACAACUUAAUUCAAAUCAUUGUAUAGCAACACCCAAAUCUGAUUCAUAUAGCUUAGGAAUUGUUCUUUUUGAAUUAUUUAAUAUAUUUCCAACUGAAAUGAAACGAUAUUGUUGUUUAAGUAAUUUACGUAUAAAUUCGAAAGUUGAUGAACAAUUUUCUGAAUAUUAUCCAUUUGAAACAACUAUUAUUGAACAAUUAGUAUCAAUUGAAAGUGAAAAACGACCGAGUGUUGAACAAUUGUUAUCAAUGUUUGCAAAAGAAACUCAACAAAGAAUGAAAAAACAACAUAAUAAUACAAAAAUGAUUAUUGAACAAUUACGAGCAAAAUUACGUGAUAGAGAUCAAAGAAUUCAACAAUUAGAACUUCAAUUAGAAGAAACUAUAUUUUAG